UGACUGGUGCUCUCCCUCAAUCUGCCAUGCCAUACUCAAGGCAAGCUCCGGCAUAGCUUUUUCGCAUCUCAUUAAUCUAACAUAAACGGACGUCCCUGACUGCGCAAUAUGUCUGCCUCAUUAAUAUCAUCGCUCAGGGCGCUAUCCCUUCGCCCACAAACAGCAUCCCGCGUCCUCCCCACAAUAUGCCCUCGACUGCCCACCGCUCGAACCAUCUCCCUGAACGCCCUUGCUUCGACGCGGCCGCAAAGACCAGUGAUUCAGAGUGCCGCCGCCAAGCUGUCAGUGACUCUGGCACAGCAGCAGACGAGGGGGAUGAAAGUGCACAGUGCCGUCAAGAAACGAUGUGAACAUUGCAAGGUGAGUCAACUCUGCCUGAACCAGCAUAGAGCUGCCCAAUACAAUAUACGCAGCGGCAUAAACCCGACAUGAUCGAUUGGCGCAUGGUUUACAAUAUCGGGCUUUGUUAACCCAAGUUUUGUGAACAGGUUGUGCGGAGGAAAGGUGGCAAACGACACCGAGGCUAUCUUUACAUUAUCUGCAGUGCAAAUCCCAGACAUA